GGACAAGGACAAGGACAAGGACAUAAUAUAUGCUUUAAAGCUAAGAAAAGAAGAUACCAAAACCUUCUCACCAAUUAGAGACAAAGAACCCAAAUUUAUCCACUUCUCAAACUCCUCCCUCUCAAGUACUCUCACCCUCACAACAUAAUAAAACUCACAAAUUACCCCACAUGGGUUGAUUUUGAUUUUUGUCCUAUCAUUGAUCUCCAUGCCUUCCCCCCAUUACAAUGAUCAUGAUCAAGAGGCCUAUAAUCAUGAUCAAUCUCAAUCUCAAUCUCAAUCUCAAUAUCAAAAUCAACCUCAACCUUAUGAUAGAACACCCAAAAAAAGAAUAAUAGUAACUCACCGAAAUGGCAACACCAAUUUAUUUAUUUGGCUAUUAGCAAUUCUUUGCACAAUAAUAGCCAUAGGAGUUGUAAUUGGAGGCAUAGUAGUAUUUGUUGGUUACAUAGUAAUCCACCCAAGAGUACCAACAAUAAGCAUAUCAAAUGCACAUUUAGAUCUUUUUAGAAAUGACUAUGCUGGCCUUCUACAAACCCAAUUAAACAUUCGUGUGUUGGCACAAAAUGGAAAUGCAAAGGCACAUGCAACAUUUUCCGACAUAAAAUUCUUACUUAGCUACCAAGGACAAGGUAUAGCAAUUAUGGUAGCCGACACAUUUGAUGUUCCUAAGAAUAAUUCUCAAAUAUUGAAUUAUGUUGUUCAAUCUUCUUCUAUUCCUUUGACUCCUGAUCAAGUUGAAGUAGUUGAUGAGACAUGGAAGAGAAAUGUUGUUGGGUUUGAUUUUAAAGGGCAUGCUAGGACUCAAUGGAGAGUAGGUCCUUUAGGUUCUCUUAAGUUUUGGUGUAAACUUGAGUGUCAACUUAGAUUUCAUCCUUUGAAUGGUAGUUACAUUCCUUCACGUUGCACUUCUCAAUCCAAAUGAUUAAUUUCCUUCUUCUUUACAUUUUGUUUUAACUAUGUUUUAUUAUGUUAUGUGUACACAAAAUUUAACAUGGUCUUAUUCUCCCUUCUAUCUCUCUAAUUUCAUUUCAUUCUUCCA